AUGCAUUGGUUGGGGUUGAGGAGUGUGCUGCUGCUGUGCUGCAUAGUGCUGUGUGUGUCUGGGAUGAGGAGAGAGUACUUCCUCAAGAUAGAGGAGGUGUCUUGGAACUAUGCCCCAACUGGGAUGAACAUCAUUCAAAACCGUACACUGCAGGAGGAUGAAGAAGCCUCAGUCUUUUUAAAGAAGGGCCCCCAGCGCAUUGGCUCCACCUACAAGAAGGCUGUCUAUAAGCAAUACAGCGACGCCACCUACAGGACAGAGGUGACAAAACCAGACUGGCUGGGUUACCUGGGACCUCUGCUGGUGGCUGAGGAGAGUGACACUGUGAUCGUUCACCUGAAGAACACAGCAUCCAGACCUUACACUAUCCACCCACAUGGGCUAAACUACAGCAAGAGCAGUGAGGGAGCUCUAUACCCAGAUGGCACAGCCCCAGAGCUGAAGCAUGAUGAUGCGGUGGCUCCUGGUACAACAGUGACAUAUGAGUGGACCCUACCAGGGAGCCACGCCCCACACAACGGCAAUUGCUUGGCUCUGUUCUACCAUUCCCACUUCUUAACCCUAAAAGACAUCAACUCAGGACUGAUAGGACCCCUCAUUACCUGUAAGAAAGGAACUCUGGACAUACAUGGCGACGGGUCACGAGACUACCUGUAUACUCUGCUGUUCAUGGUGUCAGAUGAGAACCUCAGCUGGUACUUGGAUGACAACAUCAAGAUGCACAUCACGAAUCCCGCCCGAGACCUGAAAGAGAAUGAAGAUUUCAUUGAGAGCAACAAGAUGCACGCUAUAAAUGGUUUUCUGUAUGGUAACCUGCCUGGACUGAGCAUGUGCCAAGGCAACAAGAUCCACUGGCAUUUGUUUGCCUUAGGGAAUGAGGUGGACCUACAUUCAGUGCAUUUCCAUGGCCAGAUCCUGACUGUUCAGGACCAUCAUACAGACACAGUCAGUCUUUUCCCGGGCUCCAGCAUUUUAGCUGAAAUGGUAGCCGAUAACCCGGGGAACUGGCUGCUAACGUGUACUGUCAAUGAUCAUCUGACUGCGGGAAUGCAAGCUAUUUUUGAGAUCAAGAAGUGUUUCCCUAAUGUCCAUAAGCCACGGCCACAUGGCGAGCUCAGAGAGUUCUUCAUUGCUGCUGAAGAGGAAGUUUGGGACUACGCUCCCACACUACCUACUGAGGGUGAGGCAGAGGUGUUUGUAACCAGAGGUCAAGACCGUAUUGGAAGUCGCUAUAAGAAGGUUCGCUAUGUGGAGUACACCGACAACACCUUCACAACAAGGAUGCUACGCACCCAACAGGAGCAACACCUUGGAAUUCUGGGUCCUGUGAUGCGAGCUGAAGAGAAGGACACCAUCAAAGUCGUGUUUAAGAAUAAAGCCAGCCGGCCUUACUCCAUACAACCACAUGGUGUCCAGUACAGCAUAGAACAAGAUGGGACACUUUAUCACAAUGAACUGGAAGAGUCCUAUACAGCGAAGAAACUACGAGAGCUAAACAGGCAACCAAGAGUGGUGACUCCUCCCCCAGCUGCUCUGGUCAGACCCGGGGCUGUGCAUAUCUAUGAGUGGAUGGUACCUGUCGGUGCUGGUCCAGUAGAGGGAGAGGCUGACUGUCUGACUUAUCUGUACUACUCUGGAGUGGACCCUGUCAAAGACACCAGCUCCGGACUGGUCGGCCCGCUCCUCAUCUGUAAACAGGGAUCACUGAAAAAAGGAGUACAGAAAAACUAUGAUAAAGAGUACCACCUCAUGGCUACAGUGUUUGAUGAAAACCUGAGCUGGUAUCUGGAUGAUAACAUUAAGACCUUCACCACUGCUCCCACCACUGUUAACAAAGAGGAUGAGGGCUUCAUUGAGAGCAACAAGAUGCACGCCAUCAAUGGGUUUUUGUAUAGAAACCUCCCAGGCCUGGACAUGUGUAAAGGGGAUAAAGUCACAUGGCACCUGUCAGGACUGGGUUCAGAGGCGGACAUCGACAGUCUUUACUUUCAGGGCAACCGCUUCCUCUAUCGCCAGAACAGACGAGAUUCUAUCAGCGUUUUUCCUCAUGUUUCACACACUGUCACUAUGGAGCCAGACAGCAUGGGUCAGUUUGAAGUGGUGUCUCCAACAGUGAACCACUAUCGAGGUGGGAUGAGAGCCAACUACACAGUACACAAAUGCAGCCUAUUUCAGCGUCAGGGUGAGCUGAUGUUCCAUUCAAAAACCUACUACAUCGCUGCCAUGGAAACAGACUGGGACUACUCUCCAAACCGCACCUGGGAGACUGAGCUGUACCGCAACCAAGUCAAUCCUGCUCAUACCUACCUGGACCAGCAGGGUGGAUUCAUAGGCUCUCGUUACAAGAAGGUGGUCUACCGCCAAUUCACUAAUGACAAGUUCACCAAACAAGUGGAAAGAACUGCUGAUAUGGAACACCUUGGCAUCAUGGGGCCAAUGAUUCAUGCUGAUGUGGGGGACAAAGUGAAGGUGGUUUUUAAGAACAUGGCAUCCAGACCUUAUUCUAUUCAUGCCCAUGGAGUCAAGACAGAGACCCCUGAUGUUUACCACACCAAACCAGGUGAAACACAUACCUACGAAUGGUAUGUCACAAAGAAUACAGGACCAACCCCAGAACAAGAGCAGUGCUCCGUGUCAGCAUACUAUUCCACUGUCGAUGUUGUCAAGGACCUGUACAGUGGUUUGAUUGGUCCAUUGGUGAUCUGUCGGCGUAGCUGGGCCAGGACUUUUGGAUUGAAGAAGGAAGCAGAAGAGUUUGCACUGCUUUUCUUGGUUUUCGAUGAGAAUGAAAGCUGGUAUUUGGAUGAAAACAUAAAGACCCACAUCAGGAACCCUCGCACAAAUUUGAAGGAGGAAGAAGCCUUUAUAGAGAGCAACAAAAUGCACGCCAUUAAUGGUUAUAUGUAUAGCAAUUUGAAUGGGCUGAACAUGGAUGUGGGUGAUAAGGUGUACUGGUACUUGAUGGGAAUGGGCAAUGAAAUUGACAUACACACCGCACACUGGCAUGGACACAAUGUGGAAUAUAAGCUGGGUGGAGGGCCACACCGUACUGAUGUAUUUGAGCUGUUUCCAGCUACCUUCCAGACAGUAAAGAUGCAUCCUCUGUAUGCUGGUACCUGGCUGCUUCACUGUCAUGUCCUUGAACACAUUAGAGAUGGCAUGGAGGCGCUCUAUACGGUCACUGAAAAACCUGCAAGGCCUGGACUCUUUGGCUGAAAUGCAAAGACUGAAGAAAACAGCAAACAGACCAAUUAAAAGUUCAUUUUAGCAGCUAAUUCUCUCUCUGUAAGUCAGCCUAAUAUGAAAAGUUACAGGGUAGAAAAAUACCUUCAUUCAAGAGUCAUUUUAUAUUAAAGUGUGCAUUUUUAUAAUUGU